CAGUGUCUUCCAUUAAGUGUUGGAGUCAGUCGUCUCACACACACACACACACACACACACGUAGAUGAUUAGAUAAUAUUUGAGAAUGUCAGUUUUCGUUGUAACCCAUUAACUGUCACGCACGUCGCAGAAACCAGUGGUGAAGAAGUGACCUGAAGUGUUAUUGCGUAGUGUGUCGUUAGUGUUGAAAGUAUGCAGUGUUUGAAUCAUAACACGCAAAAACUGCAGAAUAUAACGUCAUUUAUUUCCUAGUGAUGUAUCAACUCCAGCACUGAUAAGGAGUGUGGUGGUGCCAGACGCUAGUGCCACCUUGCCGCUUGCCAUCGCUCCCAUUCGACUGUCACUGCUAGAAACACUUGCCACAAGCUGUUUUGUACGGAAAUAGUUGUGAUAAAAACAGGAAAAAUGUUCCCACUUUUUAUUCCCAUUCCAAUCCCUCUAAACUUUGGUAGUCGUAGGCAAUCCAAUUACUACAUCCAACAUCACGUGCUGCACCCCAAUACUGGCGUGAUGCUGGGAACGCUGCCCAAUGACUUCCUGCGCAUGCCCAUGACAUCGGCACAGACGCAGGAAGAGGUGGACCAUGCCACGGCCCUCCACCUCCAGCACCAGAUGAUGACACAGCCCCAGCAGGCUGUGGGCAGGCUGCAGAUGACGGUGGUGUCGGCGGUGCUCAACAAGAACUACGGCAUGACAAGGAUGGACCCCUAUGUGCGAGUCAGGGUGGGGCAUUACAUUUACGAGACACAGACAGACACCAACGGGGCUAAGACACCGCGAUGGAACAAGGUUUUCCAGAUUUACCAGUUCCCAAAGGGCGUGAACACGAUACACAUUGAAAUUUACGACGAGAGGACCCUUACAGAUGAUGAGUUGAUUGCGUGGGUCAAUCUACCAAUUCCUGAGACAAUAUUCCAGGGAGAGACAGUGGAUGAGUGGUACAGUCUGUCAGGGAAGAUGGGAGAGGGGCAGGAAGGAGCCAUCAAUGUUGUCCUCUCUUAUACGACAGCACCUGCUCUGCCACAUGCCUUUGGUCAGGUGAUGAUGGUGCCACCCUAUGCAUAUGGCUCGGAGUACACCCGCGUUCCUGUGUACACCCUCCCGCCCAACCAACAGGCCCCAACCUGCAACCAGCCCCAGCCAAGACCCAUCUCGGAGGAGGACUUGAAGCAGCUUGAAGAAAUGUUCCCAUCAGUGGAGGCAGAGGUGGUGAAGUCGGUGCUGGAGGCGUCACACGGGAACAAGGAGAAGGCAAUUAACUCCCUCCUUCAGAUGCAAGACUCCUGAACACCACCAUCACUACUACUACUUCCCCGCUGACAGACAAUGGCUUCAACUUAAGCUCCUCUCCUUCAGGAAUUCUUGGGCCUUCAUGGUGUUCUCACGUAGUUUUGUUAUGGUUUAGAAGUUAGUGAGGAGGAGGAGGAGAUGGAGAAGCAGGAGGAUCAAGGUUUAUAGUGUAGUUUAUAAUGUAUAGUGAUUUGUAUCUUAGUGUGUUGUUCUUACUCAUAAUCUGUGAUAGAAGAGGAAACAUAGAAAGAGGAAAGGAAAUGAAUAUAUAGGCAGAAUAGUUAGUGGGUUUGUGAUUGUAGAAAAGAGGAAGAGGAAAGAAUAAGAGAUGAGAAAAGGAAGAUAAAAGUAUUGGUAACAUUUUGGGAUGUAUCAUAAAACACUUUCAUUCUAACAUGCAAGGGAGAGAGAGAGAGAGAGAGAGAGAGAGAGACUGGUUUCAUGAUAGGAAGAGUAAGGAAAUGACUUAGUAUCUCUUUUGAACACAAUACACACUCACAUUAUCUUACUAGAGAGAGAGAGAGAGAGAGAGAGAGAGAGAGAGAGAGAGAGAGAAAGAUAGUUUAAUGUACGAAAGUUUUAAGAUAAUUUAAUAUAACUUCACAUUCUCACCCAGACUUACUGAGAGAGAGAGAGAGAGAGAGAGAGAGAGAGAGAGAGAGUGCAAGAUGGAUAAUUUGCAAGAAAAAUAUAAUAGCAAUCUAACUUAUAAAAAAUCUGAGAUCUCUUUCUGAUAACUGUGCAGAUAGCUUAUAGUAACUGGAGUGUUGAAUGAACUUGUAUUUGCAGGGUAUAUAUUAAGAUUUUCUGGAAUAUCUUUAUGUAUGAAAUAUGAUCUUUUAUUCUUGUUAUUCCUCCUCUUUCUCUUUUCCUCAUCCUCCUCCUUCUCCUCCUCGUCCUCUCCUUCUCCUUCUCCUUCUCCUUCUCCUUCUCCUUCUCCAUCUCCUUCUUCUCCUUCUCCUUUUCUUUCUCCUCUUCCUCCUCCUCCUCCUCUUUUGUCUUGUUCUUUUUAUUUUGUAACAGUCGUUGUGUUUUGCAUAUGUGAUUUUGUGAAGUGUUUGGGUUCUAUUCUUGUAUCUAUUUUAUCUUCUUUUUAUUAUUUUAUUUUAUUUCCUUUUUCUUCUGGUGUUGUGGUAUUCUCACAUUUCUUUCUUUGUGACAGUAAUUCUGAAGUUAUGUGUGGCAAAGAAUGAUUUUUCUCCCUGUUUCUAUCAGUAUUAAAUCUUUUUUUGUUUUUUUUUUCUUAUUUCUUUUAGUCGUGUUUGUACUUUUUGUUGUGUCAUCUUGUAAUGAUUUAUCAGUUAUUUUUCUUGUCAUAAUUAGUUUUCUGAAUACUUUUUUCUGUGUGUGUGUGUGUGUGUGUGUGUGUGUGUGUGUGUGUGUGUGUGUGUGUGUGUGUGUGUGUGUGUGUGUGUGUGUGUGUGUGUCAAAUGGCCAGUGUGCAAGAUAUAGAUAUGGUAUUUGUACAUGCAUUUUUUAUUUACCAUGGUUCUCUGUAGCAUUUUUUUCUCCCACUUAUGAACACUUAAAAUUGUAGGUUAGCCUCAGUCAUCAUGUUAGGUAAAGAAAGCAAAAUAGAUGAAAAUAAUGGUAAUGUUAUAUUUUAGUAAUUUUCUGCCCUCUUUGUUACAGUAUUUUGAAAUGUAACUUAAUUCUUGGACUUUAUGUAUAUGUAACUAUGUUUUUAAUUGAUUACCUUUGUAUAGGUGUGAGAAAUGCCUUGCUGUAUAUACAUAAGAGAAAGAUGUAUGGUGUGUGCCAGUGGAGUCUUAUCAGUACUCUCACACUGGCUCUACUAAUAAUGAUUUUGUCCUGGCAUUCUUUACCGCUAAUCUGCCAGGGAAGAAAGUUAACAUAUUUACCAUAGCUUUACCUAUUUAUCUAUAUAGUAAUUUAUAACAGUUCAUCAUUUUGUCUUGGCACUCUCUUACUAAUGAGGGGAGAAAGUGAUCAUGUGUUUUGUGGCCUCACCUGUGUAUCUUCAUAGUAAUAAUUUGUAUAUAAGUUUUAAAGGGAAGCCAGUCAUUCAUUUUGGCUCUCUUUACCAAUCAAGAAGGAAAGUUAUAUUCUGGGGCUUUCAUCUCUUUAUUUCUAUUAGUAAUGUAUAUCUGAUUUUCUGUCAGAACUCUAACCUUAUCUUGUUCUGUUACUAAACUAUCAGGGUAAAAACAGUUAGAUUAUCUGGCUGUAUUUAUUUAUUUCUCUUAGUAAUUUAUAUAAGUAAUUCUCUCACUACACUCACCAGUUUCUUGACAUUUUACUAAUCUGUCUGGGGAAGAUAACUUAUUUAUUUAAUGUAGCUUAACCUGUAACUCCUAAUGCAUUUAUUUAUGAAAACCCAUACCAGUCUUGCCCAUGUUCAUAUUUGGCAAAGGUGUGAAGCUGGGACUGACCUGUGACCUGGAAGAAUUGGUGACCUGUAACUUAACUAACUGGUGACUACAUACUGGUUAAUAUUGACUAUACACAACUUCAUAGCUCGUAACUUAACUGGUGACUACUGGAUAAUUUUAAUGACCACAUAACCAGCUUUUAACUUGACAAAAGUGACAUAUCUUUAUUAGUCUAAUAUCCUGUGAUAAGUUAUAAUUAUUGCUCAUACUGGGGUAGUAAAUGCUUCACAUUGCACAUAAGUUAUUACCCAAAAAGCUAAGCACUGCAUUUUCAAGCAUCUGAAACUCCUGUCUCCUGGCCCUAUACCUCAAGACACUGUUCUCUCAUCAGGUUCUUUCAUAUCCCACAGAAAUGAUGUCAGGCUUUCAUAGCUGUUGUUCUCCUAAGAGGUGCAGAAUUGAUGUUAUACAGGCUCUUACAGGUGUUUCUUCUCAUAAAAGGUGCAAACUCCAUGUUAAACUAUUACUUAAUGGUUGAAGAUCCCUUGAAAAAUCCCAUUUAUUUCCACUGCAGCUUGUCAAAAAUUCUAGAAGUUAUAGUUUUCCAAGGGUUUUACGUGGUGGAAGUUAUUGUUAGUUUUAAGUAUGAUUUAUAACAGUGAUAUGUAAACAAAAAUUCUGCACCAUUAAGGAAUCAGAACAAGAGUACACAACUAAUUAUUGUGGCUUUCAAAAAUAUAAAUCUAGUACUGAUUGAGAGAGCAGUGUUUCAUGAUACCCAAAGUCAUAUGGUGUACAGAUGGACAGACAGACAUCAAUUAACAAACUCACUAUCACUGUUAACUCACCCAUGGCAUAAUUGACUUAGUGUGGGCAUCGUAGCUUUUGUUGAUGUUAUCUAGUUAUAUUUUUAGUCUGAUUUAGCUGGAGAAGUGUUUGCAGGUGACUAAUUGUUUUUGUGUAUGUAUAUGAUAUAACUGCAGAUGUGUGUGGGUGUGUGAAUUUAUGUAACUGAAGGCCUAGAUGUUAUUAUAAUGGAAAAUACGUAAUGAUAAAAGAUA